CAGUAGCGUGUGCGACUCGCAGUAGUCGUGACGGCGGAGCGCCAGUGUCGUCGUUCUCCCGCUAAUUCGUCUUUUUUGUUACUUUUCUUCGGUUGCAAAAUUUCUUUGAUCGAUCUGACCAUGCUUUCGAGUCUUAAUUCCGUCGUAAAUCAAUCUCAUUGUCAUCGGAACCAAAACACGUUUACUUUACGGGCCGGCCGGUUUUACGACGUAGAAAUGUCGCGUGCGCGACUGUGCAACCACGAUCGAGAUAAACGCCUGCCAAGAUUCCCGACAAUUUCAAUCGAUUUCGACAGAACCACGAUCGUUGUUCUCAACAAUGCUCGGUCUCGACGUUGCACGCACGAAACGUACGCUCCUAUGCUGCUGCAAUUUCGAACUUAACCUAUUCAGGCCCAGGAACCGACUCAAAUUCCAUCGACCGCACAAUUUUGGCGCUGUGUCAGAUGUAUUUACAACGACAACUGCAAUUACGUCGACAACGCGUGUUUUUUUUGCAACUAUCAGACGGCUACGGCAAUAAUAUCUCGAUACGGGCGUAAAAUUGCACUCUUGUCACAAAAUUGCCAUGGCAAAACACGAGAUCGCUUUCGACGCGACAAAUAUAGAAACAACGGAACAGCUGAUGGCGGACGACUGGCGCACUCUAGGUUAUGUCAACGCGAACAUGGUCGCCGACCGUAUGGAAGUUCAUACUUUUCUCACCGUACGAUGUCACUGCACGGUUGCAAAAUUCAGCAGUGCGACUGGUGUGACCAGAACGAUCGAUUUUGUGUUUAAGAUGAUACGGUUCUCUGUACGCGGUGACGAGCAAAAGAAUCAAAGGAAAAUCGUCGCACCCCGUACGCUUACCAAUAAAGCGUUUCAUACUGUAGCACUUUAGCCUAUUAAGGGUAUCAAACUUUGCUUCUUAUGACGUAAAUAAGAUCAACGAUUAUAAAACGAUGAGCAAAGCAAGAGUGGGGUCAGAAUAUAUUCCACUAGUGGAAGAGGACAUGUCAAAGGCACGAGUGAUUUUGCCGUUCUCUAAGGUAACAUGGUUUACCGUUUUAUUGCCGUUCCUAGCAUUUAUAUUUUGCGUCAUUUGGUCCAUUAUGUACAAUUUUGAGCACUCUACCUCGACGCACUGCAAGGUAUAUAAUUUUUUGCCAUCCGUAUCUGCUGCGAUCGGACAUUACAGACCUCAAAGAGAUGUAUGGAAGCUUGCGAUUGCUGUGCAAGCAUCCAUCAGGGUUUUAGUAUUAAUUAUGUAUUAUCGUUACUAUAAAGAACAUAUUUAUAAAUGGGCACAAAGUAUAUGUAACAUUGCUAUUGUUACGAAUGCCGUUGAAAACAUAUCUCUUGUUACUUUAAGCUUUUGGACGUCCGAUGAAAAUUAUGCCUUCCACAAAUUAUCUUUUGUAACAUUUUUGAUAAUGUCUUUUAUUCACAUGAUUGUUGCAUAUUUUAUCAUGACAAAUUGUCGUAAUGUUACAAGGGAAUGGUCGGAGACCACCUCUAUGAAAUGGAAAUGGAGAGCCAUGGUAUUGAACGUGUUUUUUAUACUGAGCGCGUGUUACUUUUUCUACAGGCAUAACAAAUACUGUGAACCUCUAGUCUACUCAAUGUUUGCGAUAAGCGAAUACGGAGUUGUUCUGUCCAAUAUGGGAUUCCAUUCGACCGCCGCUUGGGAUUUUGCAAAUUCGCGCCUCAUGAUAUCGGGAUCAGGAUUUAGGAUAAUUUAGUACCAUACUAUGUAUGAUGUUACAGGUUACGAUUACAUAUCACGGAGAUACGAUUAUAUCGACGCAUUAUACUCGUAUUCUUGGAUUCUCUUUUCAUUCAGCUCUUUCUAUCUAAAAGUACAAAGAACGAACGAGUUUGUUUCGAAUGCAAAUACAUGCAAAUGAAGCGGAAGACAGCGAGAGAGAGAAAGAGAAAAAAUAGAAGACACAGGGAUGUAUGUGUAUUCAGACAUACAAUUAAUAUUAUUAACAAGUAAUAAACCAAUCUAUCUUCGUAUCAAAACUA